AUGAGCGGAAAAGGAAAGGCCCGGCCUAGGGCAGAUUCUGGGACAAAUGAAAAUCCUUCCAGAAUCCCUAUCUUCGGUAGUCCAGUAGAGGUAUACCCAACCGAGAGAAAGGGCAAUCCGGAGAAGGAUGGCGAGGAAACACGAGAGGAUCGAUCCACAGCAAUCACUGCAGACAUUGGCAACCUCACCCUGUCGGAGACGGACAGGAGGUCUAACGAAAAUCCACUGAGAAAUGUAGAAGCUCAGAUUGGUAACAUGAACGAACAGGAAUUGGAUAUCCUCCUGAACAGUCUUAUGAAGAGACUCGGGAGAAGGAACGAGUCACCAGCCAUCCCACCCACAGAGAGACUCCCGCCAUCCUUUUUGAAUGCUGGAGGUAUCGAUCGACAAUACUCCAGCGGGUUCCCGCUUCAAUCUCCUACAGUUCGUAACGAGUCCUAUACUUCCUAUAGUAGACCAGAAAGGGCUCUCGCCCCGGCCUCUAUAGACUCCAGACGAUUCUGGAAAACUAGCGAAGUUGGGUACUUUUGGCCAGAUAUGCCAAAAUCCAGCGGGACAGGUAGAUAUAUCGACUUUGGGGAGAAAGGACGGGCGUUUCGGGAUGUCAAUGCAUUUGUUUCCAGGUUUGUGGAUCAGAUACCACACUUGGGUAAGGAAUGUGUUAGGAACAACGACAUCCUAUUAGAGAACUUCAAGCUUUCCGGGGCAGAGGCUAUGAAGAAGAUCAUCUCACCAAGCACCACCUACACCACCCACAACUUGCGUAAAGGGGAAUCCAUCUCUUCCUGGUUUAUGGAUAUGAUGUCCCUCGCAACGGAUGCGGGCCUCGGUGCCGACCAACAGAAAAUCAACUUCGCAUGGCAUAAGCUUGACAAUGAGAUCAGAAGAGCCCUCAGAGCCCCUCAGACAAUGGAUACAGUCCAGGGAUUUCUCCAGGAACUACGCCGCUGUGAGGAAGGUCUGCGCGAGAGUUUUGCAGAACAGGAACGCAGAGUUAUGCAGGUGGCACAGUUUGCAGUAAGGCAAGGUUAUCCAGCUAGACCCUUACCGACGACCAUUCAGACCCAGUCACAGAGGGAUCGUAUGCAAGUUUGGUGGCAAAAGCCAUUUGGGGUAGAAAACCCUCAGCGUGAGACACCUACUGGUGACAACCAGGGCCGUUUCCCAGGGGCCAACUACACCCCAGGGGUCCCAAAAAGACCUUGUAGAUGGUGUAAAGGGCAGCACUACGAUUCAAUGUGCACUCAGCGGGACCAGCAUACUGCACGGCCGCGAGGUCAUCCUGGAAAUGAUGCACAAGCUUUCUUUACCAUGGAUAAAAUGGGAGAUAGCGAAUACGACCAAGAUCAUCAGGACGCUAUGGAUGGUUUCUUCUCGGUCACACAAGGUUCACUUGACGAUUAUGAAAACUUCUGUGAAGAAAUGGCAAGGAAGGAUGACUGGGUCGACUGUGGACACCUCCAGGAAGAUACCAAAAGCACCGAUUCCACUACCAUAGCAUUGAGAGAAGCACGACAAGAUAAGGCCAAAGAGUUAGUAUUCACCAUUCAUCACGGAAAUACGUACGACCAGGAGCCAUUCUAUUGUGGAACUUGCGGACACACCGAGAAAACCAGGAACCGUCUUUUCACGCAUCUACGACAAAAAGGUCACUUGCGAGCGAGCUUCAUCGGACAAAAGGCCCUAUGUGACACAAGAACGGCACACCUGGUAAUACCAAGGAUUGUCCAGGCAAACGCGCCCAAAAUCCCAGGGAAUGGCUAUGCGUUCAGAGAUUAUAACUUCCUCGAAAUCGCAGUUCGCAUAGCACCGGGCACGGAAGACCUUUGGGUCUGCCUGGAUAUGGGCUGCGGAGUCAGCCUUAUUGACUCAAGCUGGAUAAGAGAGAUAUUACCUGAAGCCGCAAUUUUGAACCGUCCUAGUGCAGUCAAUGUAAGGGGUCUCGGAGAAGCGGUUCAUUCCUCGAGCCAAUACAUGGUCCUACAAUUGUCACUUCCCGGAAAGGAUGAUAAGGAAGAAGAGGUGGUGGCCCAGAUUAGCAGAGAAUUCCACCUAGUCCCAAACCUUGGGUGCAAGAUUCUGAUAGGCACAGACGUAAUUGUGCCUGAGAAGUUUUUAAUCGAUGCAGCAAACAAAGUGGUUAUCAUUGGGGAAUGCGAAUCUGUUCGAGCACCUUUAAGAGUCACACCGCGGGGUCGUCCAGUGGUUCACAGGGUAGUAAAAACCAGCAAGACCACGGUGGUCAAAUCCUUCUCUCAAAAAUUCAUUCCCGUUAAAUUCCAGGAAGUUGAAGAAGGGCGCGACUAUGAGUUCACCCCAAAAUACUCAAAGGCUACUGCUUGGCUGGCAGCCUCGGGGGGGUUUGUUCGCCACGUAGUAGAUGCCCAUCUUACUGCAGUGGUUUACCAUAAUCGCACAAACCAUCCAGUGAAGAUCGAGAAAAAUAUCAAGAUAGGAGUAUUGGAUGAUUUCCAGCCGACUAGUUUUCACGCGCGUUUGGAUCCGGAAGUCAACGAAGGAUUUAUCAACUGCGCCGAAGAUGGCGAAUGGGAUGAAGAAACCGGCGACUUCGCGGGCAAAGGGGCUGUACUUCCAACAACUCCAGCUACACCUAUAUCGGGGAACACAUUCUUGAAGCAGGUUCUUCAUACAAAAACGACUGAACGCAAGUCUAAGUAUGGGUUGGAAUCAAUCAACUUCAACGAAAAUGACAGAAUCAGUCCUUCCGAGCUGGCGGUGCUAAAAAACCUCGCGAACAAGUACCAAGGAGUUUUCCAAGAUAGAGGGUCUGUAGUGGAUGAGCCGAAGGAGGACUGGAUGGUAAUAAAGCUCAAGCCAGAUGCAAAGCUGGACUCUAGAGGUCCUUACAGGGUCUCUGAUAAGGACAAGGAGGUGAUCGACCAAACCUUUGAUAGGAUGCACGGUGAAGGAAAAAUGGAUUGGGGAAUUGGAGGACCAGUCGGAUGGCCGGUGUUUGUCGUUUGGAGUAAAGGAUCCGGAAGGGUAGUGGUAGAUAUCAGGGGCCUUAACCAAAGUUCUUGGAGUGAUUCAUACCCUUUACCGAGGCAAGAAGACAUUAUUGCCUGCGCCCGCGGAAUGGACUGGAUCACGACCCUUGACUUGGGACAGGAGGUUUUUACUGUUACGCCCAUGGGAUAUAAAAACUCACCAGCGCAUAUGCAACGGUAUAUGGAACGUCUUCUGAGGUCACAUAAGGAAUACGCUAGAUGCUUUAUCGAUGACAUCACAAUUUUUAGUGAGACCUUCGAACUCCAUGUGGAGCAUGUCGAUAGAAUCUUAAGAGUACUCGACAAAGCACUUAUCUACCUCACUGCCUCGAAAUGUUUUAUCGGGUUCCAUGGAGCAAGAGUUCUGGGGAGAUUUGUUGAUAGAUUCGGGCUCUCCACUAUCGAAGAAAAAACCCUAGCUAUCAGGCAGAUGAAAUUUCCUGAGAGCCUUAGUGCUUUGGAAACGUUCAUUGGCAUGGUCGGAUAUUACCAGCCGCACAUUCCCUAUUAUGCAGCUCUGGUUAGUCCGCUUGAAGACCUUAAGACCUCACUGUUGAAACCAGCACCCAAAGGGGGCAAAGAAAGGAAACGCUACGUCAAUUCAACGAAACAGAUAAUACCUACGAAAUCCCAAGCAGAAUCCUUUCGACUCCUGCAGGAAGCUCUGUCAGGGAAAGCCACCCUGGCACAUUUCGACAGAAGUGUCCCGUUGUUCGUUAACAUCGAUGCCUCUAAGGAAUGGGGUUAUGGGGUAUCGGUGAGCCAACUACCUAUCUACAGUAUGGGGAAAUUAUCCAUCGAGGACAUAAUGAGCUGCAACCAUGAUAGAGUGCAAGAAAGACCUAUUUGCUACAUUUCCAAAAAAAUCAAUAGCCAUGAGAAGAAUUACUGGCCCACUGAGCUGGAAGUAGCUUGCCUUGUUUGGGCCGUAAGGAAGAUUAGGCAUUUAGUGGAGGAAGCAGUGGUUACGAUUAUCUUUACGGAUCACAAUGCCACGGUCGAUAUCGUUAAACAAACCAACCUCACCCAUGUCACUGCCCAGAAACAGAACCUACGACUUGUUAGAGCAUCUUUAUUUUUGUCUCAAUUUGACAAAAUUAAUACACGACACGUUCCUGGUAGGCAGAACAUCGCGGCAGACGCACUCUCAAGACUCCAAUCUGCGUGCAGGGAAGACGCCCUCGGUGAAGACGUGUAUGAAGCUCUACAAGCAGAGGCCGUGAUGGUCAGAAUCUCAGAUGACUUAAUCGACAAAUUUCAGGAAGGAUAUCAGUCCGACCCCUUUUUUAGAGUCAAGUUCAACAACCUGAAGAGAAAAUUCUUUGCAGCAGGAGAUCAAGCAAGGUCGCACGAGUAUCAGAAUUUGGUACUAGAGGACGCCGAGGAUAGUACCUUCAUUACGGGAACCGAAGAAAGACCCAGGAAUGCUACAGAUAAAAGGUUUCUGCUCUAUUUGAAGGAUAACGGAGGUGUGCUUCGCCUAUGCAUUCCCAGGAACCUCCACGGGAGCUAUCUUCAAAUGGCCCAUGACAGACAUAAUCAUGCGGGCGUGGAGCGCACAUACAACAGGCUCCGGCAGAACUAUUUUAUCAGAAAUAUGUCAAAAAUUAUUAAGGAAUACGUCGAGCACUGCCCCUCCUGCAUAACGAAUAAUACAAACAGGCAUAAACCAUAUGGGACAUUACAUCCAGUAUCAUCGCCAUCACACCCGUGGGAAUUGGUAACAAUGGAUUUUGUAGUCGCCUUGCCGCCUUCAUCCCCGACAUUGCACAUUUGGAAGGACUGUCUUCCGCCCUUGCCUCUAUACGAUGCAAUUCUGACUAUCACAGACAAGUUUACCAAAUCUAUCAGAUUGCUGGCAGGGAAAACAUCUUGGGGUGCCAAAGACUGGGCCGAAGCGUAUUUUGAUUACAUAUACCCGGUCAUGGGAGUACCAGGGGGUAUCAUCAGCGAUAGGGGCUCAAUAUUCCUUUCAGCCUUUUGGACCACACUCUUUGGUUUGAUGAAUACGAAUUGCAUCGCGACCACGGCAUACAAUCCUCAGGCUGAUGGACAGAGCGAAAGAACGAACCAGACAAUGGAAAUAGCGUUGCGCCACCUGGUCAAUAGAAGACAGGACAAUUGGGUGGAUUUUCUGGGUCAAGUUCAAAUCGAGCAUAAUAAUGCGAUAAAUGCAUCUACAGGGAAAUCCCCGAACGAGCUCUUGCUUUUGGCAAUCCCGAACACUAUAAUCGACCUGACAGCCCCAAAAAGGCUUGAGGUCUCAAGAGCAAUUGGAGGUGAGAAACUGGGAGUCUCAAUGAACGCAAACCUGAGAAUGAUGCGUGACGAAGCCCUUGAUGCACUAUCCUUUGCAGAGUUUGCAAUGGCAGUACAAUUCGACCGCCAGGAUCAACAGGUUGAUUUCAGAGUAGGGGACAUGGUGUAUAUCAACUUUGCAAGGAAAAUGGAAAAAGGAUACACAGUUGCAGGUGUCCUUUCUCCAAAACUGGGACCCCAAAGAGCGGGACCUUUCCCAAUUCUUGAAAUGAUAGGGAAAAAUGCAUGCAGAUUGGGCGACAUUCCCACAAGCUGGAAAAUCUGGCCAGUUAUCUCAGUGGUUAACCUGGAGAAGGCCCCAUUAGGGACCGAUCCUUACCAGAGACGCAGCGAACUUCCACCGGAUAUCGUGGGGAUUGAAAAGCCUGUGGAAAUCAUUCUAGACACACGGAUUAGCAAAGGACGGAGGCAAUAUUUGAUUAAAUGGAAAGAUGCACCAGUUGAGCAAGCUACGUGGAUGAAUGAGGAUAAACUUGAAUAUGUGGAGGACUUAGUUAUGGAGUUCAACAGAACCCAUUUGAAUGCUGGGAAAAAGAGAAAGACAUAG